CUGUGGAUCAUAUAUAGGCUUGAAGCUCGUGUCGGUAGCCCAUUUAUCAAGUCCCCUGGAACCAAGGUGACUACCCACUCAAGGUAUCUGCUUCUCAGUAUCCAGCAUCCAGCCUUAGCUACAGACGACAAUGCACUUCGCCUAUGGUCUCACGGCUGUGGCCUGCCUCGUAGGCACGGCACUGGGUCAAACCAAGGUCAAGUUCAUGCCACUCGGCGACAGCAUCACCGAGAUCACCUGCUGGCGGGCUACCGUGUGGGACAACCUCGUCAGCGCGGGGCUGGCGUCCCGGACCGACUUUGUAGGCUCGUCGACGACCAACACGCAAAACUGCCAGGCCCGCAACAGCAACUGGAACAAGCGACACGAGGGCCACUCCGGCUACCAGGCGGUCGACAUUGUCCGCAACAACCUCCCCGGCUGGCUCAACCAAAACGUGCCCGACGUGGUCAACUUCAUGCUGGGGACCAACGACGUCAACCUCGGCAACCGGCAGACGAGCGAGAUCCUCAGCGCCUACACGGGCAUCGUGCAGCAGCUCAGGGCAAAGAACCCUCGCGUCAAGAUCAUGGUCGACACGGUCCUGCCUCUACCCUUCAAGCAGGCUCCCAUCACGGCUCUCAACAAUGCCAUCCCGGGUUGGGCUGCGCAGCAGAACACCACUCAGUCGCCGGUUGUGGUUGUCGAUGUGGCUGCCCGAUACCCGACCUCGGCGCUGAGAGACCAGGUUCACCCCAACGCUGCCGGAGAUGCCAUCAUUGCUGGCAAGAUCUCGCCCGUCCUGACGCGCUUGAUCAAUGACGUUAUUGCCGAGAAGGGGCUGUGAAAGACGAAUGGGGAGUGGUUAAUUGUGGGAGGGAGGGAAGUUGGGAGGUUAAAAUCAGCUUGGAGGGUGCGGCUUUUCAUAUCGUGAAUCGCAGUGAAACGAUGCGUGUUUUAGCUUUGCGUUCAGUGAAUAUAUACCAUACCAUACCGUACAUA